UGUGAGUUUAAUUAAAUCUCUUAACUUCAUCUGAUCCCAGUUUUCUUGUCUAUAAAAUUAGAAUAGCAGCUGUGUGGUUACUUCAGUCUCGAGGGUCGCACGACAGUUGCAUCGGCGAGUAUCCUGCAGCAUUUCCCCACUAUUGCAGCAGUAGUCGCCAUGAGUUUGCCCCUCAACCCCAAACCUUUCCUCAACGGAUCAACAGGAAAGCCAGUAAUGGUGAAGCUUAAAUGGGGAAUGGAGUACAAAGGCUACCUUGUGUCUGUAGAUGGCUAUAUGAACAUGCAGCUUGCAAACACAGAAGAAUACAUAGAUGCAGCAUUGUCUGGACAUUUGGGUGAAGUUUUAAUAAAGUGUAAUGUCCUUUAUAUUAGGGGUGUUGAAGAAGAAGAUGGGGAAAUGAGAGAAUAGCAUCUUUGGGGGGAAUUUAUAUAUAUAUAUAUUUGUAGACAAAAAUUUGGUUUUCAAAAAAAAAAAUUAGAAUAGCAGUCCUAUGUUCUCUGCUUUUCUCGCCAAGGGUUGAAGGAUUAAGAUGAUGUAUGUAAAACUGUAAAAUACUCCACAAUGUCACUUGCAACAUUUACAAUGGGAGAAACUUAGACCCCAAGAAAGUUCCAAGUCUUCCACACAUAGAUCUAGUGUCCAGGUGUCCUGGCUCCUGGCCCUGAACUUCUUGGCUGGGCCAAGGAGCCUUUCGGUAAAGUGCUUUGGAAUAAAACAGGGUGAACAUGAA